UGUCUGGGAGGCGCAGACCGACCCACAGACGCGGACUGUCGGUCACCCUCAGGAAGAAGUCCGCUGAUGUGUUCCUGACCCAAGAUCCACAACCGCAUCCUCAGAGGGGCUCAGAUGACCUCUCCUGCCUGUGGAACCCGCUCAGUGUGAGAUUCAGGAGCAGUUACCAGGAAUAAAGCAAAGACUCCAGGCCUGUGUGAACAUCCACCAGGUAAAAACCAGGAGGAGUUCCCAGGAGAACCUGAUACUUCAGCAUGCAGAGGGGUUUCCAGGUGGGUCUCCUGCUCCUGCUUGUCCAGCUGUUCCAGGAGGGUCCGGGGAAUAUCCCAGCCAUCACCCUGGCUGUCCUGGGAUUCAACGUGUACCUGUUUGUGUUUCCAGCUGCUCCACCAUUGAAGGCCUGCAUGAGCCUCGGUCUGGUGUACCAUAACAAAGAGUGGCGGCGCCUCCUCCUGUCCCCCCUGCACCACAUUGAUGAGUGGCACCUGUACUUCAACAUGGCAUCCUUCCUGUGGAAAGGCGUCCGGCUGGAGCGCCGCCUGGGCGGAGGCUGGUUCCUGUACCUGCUGUCGGUCUUCUUUCUGCUCACCGGAUUGGUCUACCUGCUGCUGCAGGCGCUGAUGAUUAAACUCAUGGAGGAUGCUGAUCCUUCGGAUCCAUUAUUGGGGCACAUGCAGUCUUUGAGCAGAGAGUGUGUUGUCGGCUUCUCGGGUGUCCUGUUUGCUCUGAAGGUCGUCAGUAACCACUUCAACCCCGGGGGCGUGACCUACGUGAUGAAUAUUCGGGUGUCCAAUCGCUUGGCCAGCUGGGCGGAGCUGGUGCUCAUCUAUCUGAUCUAUCCUGGCACCUCUUUGGUCGGCCACCUGGCAGGUAUCCUGGUGGGACUGCUCUACACUGUGGGUCCACUGAGGACCAUCAUGGAGGCGUGUGCAGACGUGCUGUCCUCAGACAGAGCUUCUCCACGCCAGCAUUCCUACUACAGCUCUUCAGGCUACAGCGGGACCAGACGGGCACACGGUGAAGAGCCUCGACCUGCAGAGGAUCCCACGUCUGAUUAUUCUGAAAGCUUCAUCGCAGGACUGACGGAGGAAGAGCAGAUAGAGCUGGCGAUCAGACGCAGUCUGAAUAAUCCAGGACGAACCAGGCAGAGAGAAACCACACAUGACCCGGAGGAGACUGAGGAUCUCAGGAGGAGGAGGCUCAGGAGGUUUGAACAGGGAGUAUCCAACCAGAGAAGAGGACAGUGGUGACUGAUUUUAACUGGCGCAGAUAUCUCCCAUCAUGCAUCACUGCUCAAAAAAGGCUGAUUUUAAAGGAGAUGUGACUUCUUUCUCCAGCUGUUGAUGAAGGAGUCGCCUGCAGUAGUCUCUGCACAAAGACUUCCUGGUUUCCACUUCCUGUAUUAUUUGGUGAUUGCUUUUCCUGUUGUGCGUCGUGGCUCCGUUUCCCACCUGUGUGAUUGUUUGUGGUUGAUUGUUCUCACCUGUGUCUUGUUAGUCAGUCAGUUCUUCUGAGUGGAUUU